UAAUCGCGACUCCCAUUUCCUCCCUCCUUCCUCCCAGUCCUCCUCAUCUUUUUUGUCUUCCUAUCCUUUCCCCUUUCCGUCUUUUCACUCCCCCAAUUUUCCUCCUCUGCAACCCAGCAGCCUCCACUUUCAGACUCUCUCUUUCUCUCUCUCAUGGCGUCCCCAAUUGAGCAAGGAGGUGAUACGGAUUUAGGGAAGGGUCUGAUGACUGCACAGCCGAGCCAAAACCCUCUGGCCGAGCCAUCGCCGUCGCCGUCUCCGUCUUCCACGGCGUCAGCGCCGGCUUUAGUGCUUUCCAACUCGCCGUCGCCGUCUUCCACCGCGUCGGCGCCGGCUUUGGUGCUUUCCAACUCAGGAAAGCGGAUUGACCAGGCGGGGAAGAAGAAGUACGUGAAGCAGGUGACGGGGCGGCACAACGACACGGAGCUUCACUUGGCGGCUCAGCGCGCGGAUCUAGCCGCCGUAAAGAAGAUUCUCGGCGAUAUCGAUUCGCAGAUGGUGGGGACCGUAAGCGGUGCGGAGUUUGAUACGGAGGUGGCUGAGGUCCGGGCGGCGGUGGUGAAUGAGGUGAAUGAGCUGGGAGAGACGGCUUUGUUCACGGCGGCGGAUAAAGGGCACCUUGAUGUGGUUAAGGAGCUGUUGAAGUAUUCGAACAAGGAGACCGUUACGAAGAAGAACAGGUCCGGGUUCGACCCCUUGCAUGCUGCUGCAAGUCAAGGACACCAUGCCAUUGUCCAGGUACUCCUAGAUCAUGAUCCUGGGCUAAGCAAAACACUGGGCCCGGCAAAUUCAACCCCACUUAUAUCCGCAGCUCAUAAAGGGCAUGUAGCGGUAGUUGAUGAACUGCUGUCGAAGGAUUCUACCUUGUUGGAAAUUUCUAGAUCAAACGGGAAGAAUGCAUUGCAUCUAGCUGCAAGACAGGGGCAUGCGGAGAUUGUAAGGGCAUUGCUUACAAAGGAUCCACAAUUGGCCCGAAGAACUGACAAGAAAGGGCAAACUGCAUUGCAUAUGGCUGUAAAGGGGACAAACUGUGAGGUGGUGAAAUUGCUACUAGGGGCAGACCCCGCAAUUGUAAUGCUUCCAGACAAAUUUGGGAACACAGCGUUGCAUAUUGCCACCAGGAAGAAGCGAGCAGAGAUAGUGAAUGAGUUGUUACUCCUCCCAGACAGCAAUGUUAAUGCACUGAACAGAGACACAAAAACGGCUCUUGACAUUGCUGAUGCACUUCCACUUUCCGAAGAAGCCUCGGAAAUAAGGGGUUGCCUUUAUCGCUAUGGUGCUGUGAAGGCUAAUGAACUGAACCAACCAAGGGAUGAACUGAGAAAGACUGUGACUCAGAUCAAGAACGAUGUCCAUAUCCAGCUUGAACAAACAAAGAAAACCAAUAAAAACGUUCACAAUAUUUCCAAAGAACUUAGAAAGCUCCACAGGGAAGGAAUCAACAACGCCACUAACUCAGUGACUGUGGUCGCUGUUCUAUUCGCAACAGUUGCCUUUGCCGCUAUCUUUACUGUGCCAGGUGGUGAUCAUGAUGACGGGACUGCCGUGGUAGUGAAGGGCCUUCCUUUCAAAAUCUUCUUCAUUUUCAACGCCAUUGCCCUCUUUACGUCUUUGGCUGUUGUGGUUGUCCAAAUUACCUUGGUCAGAGGCGAGACAAAGGCAGAGAAACGGGUGGUGGAGAUAAUAAACAAGUUGAUGUGGCUGGCUUCAGUCUGCACUUCGGUGGCAUUCAUAGCCUCCUCUUACAUAGUGGUUGGCCAGCGCCACAAAUGGGCCGCCAUUCUUGUAACAAUGGUUGGGGGAAUGAUAAUGGCGGCUGUUCUCGGCACCAUGACAUACUACGUGGUGAAGUCAAAGCGGACACGGUCCAUGAGGAAGAGGGAGAAGCACACGAGGAGGAGCGGUUCCAACUCAUGGAUGCCCUCUGACUAUUCCAAUUCGGAAAUCGACCGAAUUUAUGCCCUUUGAUCUGAAUUUGCACUGAAUUUGCACCAUUUUAGAGGAAUUGUAGAGACUAAAAACACUACGAAAAUGGAUGUUGAGUUGGUGCAGAGGUGUUUAGGUAUAUCCGUGACCUCCAGGAAAGAUCCUGGAGUCGAAUAACAGCCGUAUAUUUAUCUGCCCGCAGUUUAUACUCUGCUUGGCUUUUACUUGGAAAAACUGCACUUGUCUUGUAUAUAUAUAUUUGUGAAGACGAGUAAACUUUAUGUUUUGUUUUACUUUUCACGAGUA